AGCAGAGGGACAACCAGAACUCUUCUAUUUGGGCCUAGGCCUAACGUAAUAUUUGGAGGUACUGUAGGUGUAUAUUGAUAUCCAAAUAUCUUGCUAAUAAAUCAACAUCUAAUAAAAUAUCCCAUAAAAUAAUUGUAAUAAUUGUUUGUUUUGUUGCUUGAAGUCAUGUCAUUUAACUUGCCUGCCUCUGACACCUGACUGUAAAGUACUGUAUACGCAAAAUGCAGCAUGGCGAGAGCAUUCCAGCGGAUGCGAUCUAAAAUCUGUGAAUUUAGUAUGGAGAAGAUAGUAUCUCCCAUGAGAAAUAUUCCCUACUUCUCUUUUUUUUAUCCUUUUGCAUAAAACUAAAAUUUAUGAUAAAAUUUUUUUCCAUGGUUUAUAAUAAUUAUAGCAUGCAUGCAAUUUUUUAAAAAUGUUUUUAAGUGGAAUUGGAACGGGAAUGGGACUUUCAGUGGCGCGGAGUGGUACACCAUCGUAUAUUACUAAACUUUGUUCAAUUUAUCUCCCACCACCACCUUAAAGUGUCCCGCAUUUGGACAUACUGUUCUACAUUCUAGCUUUUUAACAUUUGUAGGUUUUAAUUCCUGAAUCAUCCAGGGAAAUAGUAACAAUAAUAGUGAAAUGAGCUGCUUAACUUAAAUUCUCAAGUCUGAAAAAACAUUUCAAUAUACUUUUAAAAAAAAAUGUUUACAUGAUUCUACUGUAGGUAGCAAGUAAAUCUUGGAUACUGUAGGCACAUUGAUGCCAUCAAAUAAAAGAAGCACUUGACAUGAUUCAUACCAUAAUACUAAAAUAAAGAAAAUAUAAAAAGAAUUUACAAUUUGAAGAGGUAGAGAAAAUGGACAAGAAACUAGUAAUAUUAUAGAGGCACUACGUAAUAUGCGCUAAACAGUUUAAGUGCAAGUUAUCACUCACAUUGCAUCAUUUUUCUUCAAUUUCAAUCUUCCAAAUUAUGCAGUGAAUAAGAAAACAGUUUAGCCAGAUUUUCAUACAUUUCUUUAAAAAAAAGGAAAUUUAAAAAAAAAAUUAAAAUUUGGAGAGGCAGAGAAAAUGGAUGCACGAGGGGAUGAGAAAUUAGUAAUUUUUUAUAUUUGGCCUUUUACUUUAUAUAUUAUAGAGGCACUGCACAAUAAACAGUAUAAGUGGAAAUUAUUAUCAUAUAACACUAUCGCAUUGCAUUGUAUUUUCAGAGAAGUCUUCCACAGUAUGCAGUGAAUAAGAGAACACUUUAAUUAAUAUUAUACUGUAAAACACAUGUUGUAACUGUUUAAGAACAAAAUGGAAAAUAAGGAGGAAGAGAUGGAAUACAAAUGCGAACAUUGUGGAGAACAUGUUGAUUUAAUUACUAUGAGGACCCAUUUGGGAAUCAAGAUAGAGGAGGUAGAAAGGACCCAUUUCGGAAUUAAGAUAGAGGAGGUAGAAUUUGAACAAUGUGAUUAUGUUGAAGAGCCAUUUGAUCACUCAAGCAAUUUAAGAGAUUUGAUAGAUACAGAGGAGAUAUUCCAUGAAUGUAAAUAUUGCAAAAGAGUAUUUAAAAGCCAAAAUAGUUUAAGAAGUCAUAUGGGGAUACAUAAAGGAGAAAUACUACAUGAAUGUGAACACUGUGGGAAGAAAUUUAACACUAACCGCAAAUUAAAAAGUCAUUUGACGAUACAUACAGAAGAGCAACCAUAUGAAUGUGAACACUGUGGAAAGAAAUUUAAAAGAAGUUACUCUUUAAAAAGUCAUUUAAGGAUGCAUACAGGAGAGACACCAUAUGAAUGUCAACACUGCGGAAAGAAAUUUAAAUUUCAUGCUGGUUUAAGUCGUCAUUAUUUGUCGAUGCAUACAGGAGAGAAACCAUAUGAAUGUGAGCACUGCGGAAAGAAAUUUAACAUUAACAGCAAAUUAAAAAGUCAUUUGACGAUACAUACAGAAGAGCAACCAUAUGAAUGUGAACAAUGUGGAAAGAAAUUUAAAAGAAAUGACUCUUUAAAAAGUCAUUUAAGGAUGCAUACAGGAGAGACACCAUAUGAAUGUGAACACUGCGGAAAGAAAUUUAAUUUUUAUGCUAGUUUAAGUAGUCAUUUAAGGAUGCAUACAGGAAACAGAACAUACGAGUGUGAACACUGUGGAAAGAAAUUUAAAUAUGAUGUUUUAAGACGUCAUUUGAUGACACAUACAAUAGAGAGACCACAUGAAUGUGGACACUGUGGAAAGAAAUUUAACACCAAUAGGAGUUUAAAAAUUCAUUCGAUGAUACAUGAGGCAAGAAAAAUAUUAUAUGAAUGUAAACACUGUAAAAAUACAUUUUUUAAAAGUAGUGUUAAUUUAAAACUUCAUUUGAAGAUGCAUACAGGAGAGACCAUGCACAUGCAUGCAGUGGUAGCACUGAAGUCUUUUAAAGUACGCAGUGAAAAGAACAAAAUGGAAAAAUGCAAGGAAGAGAUGAAAUAUUUAUGUGAACAUUGUGGAGAAGAUGUUGAUUUAAUUACUUUGAGAACACAUUUGGGAAUUAAGAUAGAGGAGGUAGAAUUUGAACAAUGUGAUUAUAUUGAAGAGCCAUGUGGUCACUUAAGCAAUUCGAGAAGAGGUGUGAUACAUACAACGGAGAUAUCCAAUGAAUGUGAAUAUUGCAGAAAAGUAUUUGAAAACCACAGUAGUUUAAAAUGUCAUUUGAAGAUACAUAAAGAAGAAACACCAUAUGAAUGUGAACAAUGUGGAAAGAAGUUUAAAAGCAUUAGCAAUUUACAAUGUCAUAUAAAGACAGGCCUACAUACUGGAAAGACACUGUAUGAUUGUGAUCAUUGUGGAAAAAAGUUUAAAAGGAAGAACAAUUUAAAAAAUCAUUUGAUGAUACAUACAGGUGAGACACCAUAUGAAUGUGAACACUGUGGAAAAAAAUUUAAUCGAAGUAGUAGUUUAAAAGACCACUUGAGGAUACAUACAGGAGAAACACCAUAUGAAUGUGAACAUUGUGGGAAAAAGUUUAAUAGAAGUAAUUCUUUGAAAACCCAUAUGAUGAUACACACAGGGGAAAAACCAUAUGAAUGUGAAUAUUGUGGAAAUAAAUAUAAAGACCGCAGAAAUUUAAAUUCUCAUUUGCGGAUACACACGGGAGAGACAGCGCAUGAAUGUGAACAUUGUGGAAAGAAAUUUAAUCGAAAUAGUCAUUUGCAAGAACACUUGAGGAUACAUACAGGAGAUACACCGCAUGUAUGUGAACUUUGUGGCAAAAAAUUUAAUAGAAGUAAUUCGUUAAAAACCCACAUGAUGAGACACACAGGGGAGAAGCCAUAUGAAUGUGAACAUUGUGGAAAGAAAUUUAAUACCACUAGCAAUUUAAAAAGUCAUUUGAGAAUACAUACAAAUGUUAACUGUGUUCCAAAAUAUUUGAUAGAAGUACUUCCUUGAGAACCCAUCAAGUUAUACUGGAGGGAAACCAUGAGUGAACAUUGUGGAAAGAAAUUUGAUAAUGGUUUCCACUUAAAAGCCCAUGUAAGGAAUACAACAAGAGAGAAUUUAUAUUAUGAAUAUGAACAAUGUGGAGUGGUAGUUGAAGGCCAAUUCCUGGCAAAAUUUCACUAAAAAAGAUUUUUUUUUAGAAAAAAUGCAUAUGCAUUACUCUAUUUAUUGUAAACAAUGAAAAAAUAUUGGCAUAAAUUUUAGUUUUACGCAAAAGAAUUUUAAAAAAUCAGAAAUACAGACUUUCACAGGAGAUUACCAUUUUCUCGAUGAAUUCAUUGUACUAGGCAAAUUCAGAGGUUGUAGAUUGCAUCCGCUUAAAAUGUUUGUUCGUCAAUUUUUGAUGUUUUGACGUUUGAGUUUAGUGAUAACUCCUUUGCUCCAAUAGAACCAUACUGCAGUUGUUUAUGUUGUACAGUAUUCAUGUUGUUGUGAGAGUGAUGACUGGCGAUGCACAACAUAUGAAAGAUGUACAAAUUUAAAAAAAGAAUGGUGGUCUAUCCACAUAUUUAUAAUAAACUGUAUAAUAUUAAACAGAAAAUAAAAUGUUUAGUAAUACA